GCAAUCGUUAUCAAUCGUACAUAACCUACAAAAUACAAGGUGAGAAAGCACUUAAAUAAAUAACGAUUUUUUGAAAAUAUUCAAAUUUAUACCUAAUAAAACAGUAAAAUGACAAAACCAAAUCCCCUUUCUGCAUUUUUCAAAAGUCUGUACCGUGAUGAGUUCAAAUGGUCUCUAAUAAAAAGCAUUGGAUUAUUUGCUCUAGGAAUAAGAAUAGCUCAAGAAUGUGCUGGCAUGGAACUAUUACCAAACCAAUAAUUCGUUCAUUUCAUUUGUUAUAAAAGUAGCAUCUGAAUCUGAUAUACUUAGGUUAUGUUAAUUAAAUUUCAAUAAAUGUGAAUUUUCCUUUAAACUG